AUGUUUCUCCCACGCUCUCUUCCGACAUGCAGUCUACAGGAGCUGACAGGGGGCGCAGGAGGGGGCGAGGACAUGGGGAGGAUGCCGCGGGUGGUGGACUGCGAUCUCCAGGAGCUGACAGGGGGCACAGGAGGGGGCGAGGAUAUGGGGAGGAUGCCGCGGGUGGUGGACUGCGAGUUGAGGGAGGACCUGGCGGAUUCAUGCCUGCCGGGGGACGUGGUGGCGGUGUGUGGCAUUGUCAAGAUCAUCAACAACGAGAUGGACGUGGGAGGAGGUGAGGGAAUAGGGCGUCUCAAUGAUGAGACUGACGUGGGGGGAGGUGAGGGGGUGGGAGGGGUGGGAGGGCGGUCCAAGAAAAGAGAGCAGUGUCUCUUCCACCUCUACAUAGACGCCAUCUCCGUCGUCAAUGCCAAUGCCCAGUCAACCGCUUCAAGCCCCGCCACCACCGCUGCUGCAACUGCCACUCCUGCUCUCCGCUCUCCUCCCUCUGCGGGUGGUGCGAGUGGAGGGGCGGUGGAGCUGGGGGAGGAGGACCUGAGGAGCAUACUGGAGUAUGUGGUGGAGCAUGAGGGGGAGGGCGACCUGUUUCAGCACAUUGUGCACUCCUUCUGCCCCUCCAUCUACGGCCACGUGCUCGUCAAAGGUGAGGCCACGUGGCACCUACAAGAAUCCUCAUCUUCAAGCACAUCGUGCGCUCCUUCUAUCUACGGCCAUGUGCUCGUCAAAGGUGAGGCCACGUGGCACCUGCAGGGGUGUCCCGUUUCUACCCUGUUUCCAUCUUCCUUUGUCCACCAACAGGCGAAUCCUCCUUUUGAUUUCUUUCCACGCAACCUUCUCUUGCCAUCCCUGUCUCUCUUCACCCAAUCAUUUGCAGCUGGCAUCAUUUUGUCCCUCUUUGGAGGGGUGCGCAAGCAUGAGGGGGACGCCAACCGCGUGCCAGUCAGGGGUGACGUGCAUGCGUUGCUAGUAGAGCACAUCCGACUUUCUUCCACCUUCCCGACAUCCCGCUUCUUGCCUGCACGGGUUUGGCAAGCAUAUCUACUGCAAAGGUUGACUGCAUCACAGAGGUAUCAACUUCCCUUACAUAUCCUCUCACUCACUCGCACCAUCCAACCAGGCGAUCCAGGCAUGGGCAAGAGUCAGCUGCUCAAGGCAGCAGCAGCGGUGGCACCUCGUGGUGUGUACGUGUGUGGCUCUGGUGCCUCCUCUGUGGGGCUAACGGUGGCAGUGGUGAAGGAUGGGCCUGGUGGAGAGUACGCCUUUGAAGCAGGUUGGUGGUGGGGUGGGGAGGAGAUGGGGUGGGGAGGAGAUGGGAUGGGGAGGAGAUGGGGUGGGGAGGAGAUGGGGUGGGAAGGAGAUGGGGUGGGGAGGAGAUGGGGUGGGGAGGAGAUGGGGUGGGGAGGGUUUGUGCACCUGUCACAGACGGGCGUGGUGGGGAGUAUGCAUUCGAAGCAGGUUGGCGGGCUGGCGGCUUCACGGGGAUGCGGGCUCACGGUGAUGUGGGCUCACGGUGAUGUGGGCUCACGGGGAUGCGGGCUCACAGGGAUGCGGGCUCACGGGGAUGCGGGCUCACGGUGUUGCUUGAGGAGCUAUGGUGAUGGCGGACCAGGGCACGUGCUGACAAAAUGUGAGGCGCUUGAUGCUUGGCGCUUGGACGGCACCCUUACUCUCUUCCCCUGUCGUCCUCUCCCGUUGCUUUCCCCUGCAGGAGCAAUGGUGAUGGCGGAUCAGGGCACGUGCUGCAUUGACGAAUUCGAUAAGAUGGGCAACGAGCAACAGGUGGGCGGGGCGUGGGUAGCGUGA